GCGACAAACGCCGCACCUCCACUUCUAGGUGCUCCCGUCCAAGCGCCCAGAUGCCUUCGCCCCAUCUUGCCUUGCCUUUACCUUCCAGUUCCGGCCGGCCGGCCGGCCGCCCCAUCAAUCACCCACUCCCAGCAGCCUCUGUCUCUUCACCUGACCCGGCCAUGGACUCCACUGCCGCGCUCGCGCUCCUCCUGGCCGCAGCGGCGUACCUCUACCUCGCCGCCCUGCGCCGCCGCGGCACCAACAACAACCUCCCGCCGGGGCCCAGGGGUCUGCCGCUCGUGGGCAGCCUGCCGUCGCUGGACCCGCAGCUGCACGCCUACUUCGCGCGCCUCGCCGCCCGGUACGGCCCCAUCUUCUCCAUCCGCCUCGGCUCCAAGCUCGGCGUCGUCGUCACCUCCCCCGCCCUCGCGCGGGAGGUGCUCCGCGACCAGGACCUGCUCUUCUCCGGCCGCGACGUCCCCGACGCCGCGCGCUCCAUCUCCUACGGUGGCGGCCAGAACAUCGUGUGGAACCCCGUCGGCCCCACCUGGCGCCUCCUCCGCCGGAUCUGCGUCCGGGAGAUGCUCAGCCCCGCGGGGCUCGACAGCGUGCGCGCGCUCCGGGAACGGGAGUUCCGGGCCACGCUCCGUCACCUCCACGCGCAGGCCGCCGCCGCCGCCCCCGUCGACGUCGGCGCGCAGAUGUUCCUCACCACCAUGAACGUCAUCACCGGCACGCUCUGGGGGAGCACCGUCGGCAGCGACGCCGAGCGCGCCGCCGUCGGCAAGGAGUUCCGGCACCUCGUCGCCGAGAUCACCGAGAUGCUCGGCGCGCCCAACGUGUCCGACUUCUUCCCGGCGCUCGCGCGCUUCGACCUGCAGGGAAUCCGGAGAAAGUCGGACGUGCUCAAGGAGCGCUUCAACCAGAUGUUCGCCAGGAUAAUCGAGCAGAGGGUCAGGGCCGAACAGGCCGCCGGCGAGCCCCCCGCGCCGGACUUCUUGGAGUACAUGCUCAAGCUCGAGGAGGAAGGCGGCGACGGCAAGGCCGCCUUCACCAUGACCAACGUCAAGGCCCUGCUCAUGGACAUGGUGGUCGGCGGCACGGAGACCACGUCCAACACCGUGGAGUGGGCCAUGGCGGAGCUGAUGCGGAAGCCGCGGCUGCUAGCCAAGGUGCGGGAGGAGCUGGACGCGGUGGUGGGCCAGGACGCCGUCGUGGAGGAGGCGCACCUCCCGCAGCUGCCCUACCUGCAAGCGGUGCUCAAGGAGACGCUGCGGCUGCAUCCGGCGCUGCCGCUCAUGGUGCCGCACUGCCCCGACGCGGACGCCACCGUCGCCGGCUACCGCGUCCCGGCGGGCAGCCGCGUGUUCGUCAACGUGUGGGCCAUCAUGAGGGACCCCGCGGUGUGGGAGGACCCGGCGGAGUUCGUCCCGGAGCGGUUCCUGCCCGGCGGCGGCCAAGGGCGGAAGCUGGACUUCACCGGCAGCGAGAUGGACUACCUGCCGUUCGGGUCCGGGCGCAGGAUCUGCGCGGGGAUCGCCAUGGCCGACCGGAUGACGGCCUACUCGCUGGCCAUGCUGCUGCAGGCGUUCGACUGGGAGCUGCCGGCCGGCGCGCGGCUGGACCUGGAGGAGAAGUUCGCCAUCGUGAUGAAGAAGGCCACGCCGCUGGUGGCCGUGCCGACGCCGAGGCUGUCCAGGCCGGAGCUCUACUCCGCCUAGCUAGUUCAUCUGUCCGUCCACCCACACGGAAUUGUGAAUGCGCUGUGACACGAACAACACAUACAACGCCGUGGCCGCAGGCCUGCUUCUCCUCGUGGAUCUUGAUUUUUUUUUUAAUUUCUAAACAUGGGUAUCCAUACUUAAUUGAAAGCUCCAUUUUCCUAUUAGUCA